AUGGCGGAUGCACCGAAGCGGCGAGUCGCUGACCGGGAGGGACCGACACUGGAGCUGCUGCGUACUUUCGGCAUCGGGAACACUGCCGGUUACUACGAACGCAACAUCCGAGGGAAGUUCCUGCGGCUGGACCCGUCCAAGCUCCCCGCGAACCCCCCAAAGGGGCGGAAUGCGACGAAGAGCUCCAAAGAGGCUCGCGGCAAGGAGCACUGGAAGCAUCUCCGCUAUGAGGACUUUGAGCCUUUGAGAUUGCUUUGGGAACAGUACAUUCGGGACCUGUCUCCAGAGAACGACGACGAGCUAUCCGCCAUCUUGGCCCGUGCCGACUUGCACGGGAGCAGUCUUCGAGUGGCCCAG